UGAGCGUGCCGUGUGCAGGACACAGUGCCGUGUGCAGUAAGUGUCCCUCCGCCAAUCAGGCUGCGUGCUGGCGGUCCACCAAUCAGGGAGCACGAGGCAACGACCAAUCAGCGGGCAGUACCUGAGGGAGACGCGGGCGGAGGAACAAACAACACAGGUUCACUCAAGCGAGUAGGGAGGAGGAGGAGUGAGAGAGGUGGUGUUGAGAGGAGUCUGUUGCUGAGGUGACAUGUCAGGCUCAAAGUGUUACAAAUGUAACCGCAUGGGCCACUUUGCUCGGGAGUGUCCCAUGGGCAGUGGUCCAGGACCCAGGGGACGAGGUGGACCCAGAGAAAAAUGUUACAAAUGCAACCGCCCAGGGCACUUUGCCCGUGACUGCAAGGAGGAGGAGGAUCACUGCUACCGCUGUGAUGGAGUUGGUCACAUUGCCAAAGACUGUGAACACUCUUCAGAUGAACCCUCAUGCUACAACUGUUCCAAGAUGGGCCAUAUAGCCAGGGAUUGCCCUGAGCCAGAGCGCACUUGCUAUGUAUGCAACAAAAGUGGGCACAUUUCACGUCAGUGUACAGAAAACAAAAGUGAGAACCGCAAUGCCAAGUGUUAUGUGUGUGGCAAGAUUGGGCACAUCUCCCGGGAAUGCCCCCUUGGAGGAGAGCAGGAGAAUGAAAAGCGCUGCUACGUGUGUGGUGCAGGAGGCCACAUCUCCCGAGAUUGCCCUCAAGGAGAGUCUGACACUACUUGCUACAGAUCACCAGGUAGAAGUCCUUUCUUAUUUGGAAGUGACAUGUGCAGAAAGGACAUGCCAUUUGGACCAAAUCUUCAAAGUGAGAUGCAGCAGCUUAAAAGACAGCUUGAUUUUGUGAAUCAAAAGUAUGAGAAUGAAAAACUGAAAAGAGAAUUACUGGAAAAAGAGAAGGCAUUGGAGAUGGAGAGAGCAGCCAUGUUGAGUUCUCAAGGAGGCAACUACAACAGUGGAAUGGAUGGGCUUCAAGGAAUGCAAGGUAGACAUCAAAUGGAUCGAUUUAGUGAAAUUAGAAGUGAAAAUUCAAGAAUGCCAGGGGACCACUACUCACAGGAAUCUCAUCCACAGUCCAUGCUAAACUCAGGCUGCCAGCAGAGCUAUGGUCUGGAUCAUUACCAACAAGGACUGAAGCGAGAUGCAAUGACGAGGCAGGAUAACUGGGACCUGAAGCGGCAACGCUAUUGAUUAAAACAUGAAAUUUCCAGCGCUGAACAACAUGUCUCUUCUUGGACAUUCACUAAAACCUCGCUAAGUCAAAGUAGCAUUUUAUUUGUGAAAAUUUGUGUGAAUGAAACCUCUCAAUUUCAACCUCAGUUUUUUUUUUUUAUUUGCAGUAGAUGAAAUGUAUUCAGUCAUUCAAAGAACCAAUAAGUUGUAACUGUCAGAUUUCAUUGCUUAUAGAUCUCCAUUUAGUGCAUCAUGAUGACAAUAUUUGUAUAUUCAUGUGUUAUAACAACAGUUUUGUAAUGGGCAUGGCAUAAACCAGGUACUUAAGAUAGUGGGCCAAGGUAUUUUCAAGUAAGUUGAUGUUUGCAAAAUUAGAGCAUCAGCAAACUGAGGUACGACUUGAUGCAUGGUGAACUUAUUGUGACGAAACAUUACCAUUUUCUCUCUGUACCAGUAAGUUGGUGGUGCAGUUUUACUUAAUUAUUUAAACUUAGUGUAGGCUGUCAAACUUAUGUAACCCUCUGUUGCUGUGGUCCUGGUCUUUCUGUUGGAAAUUUAUUUUAUUUGGUGUAUUUGCAUAUCUUGAGAUUUGAACAUAAUGCUGUAGUAUGAUAACUACUGUGAUAUCUCUGUUGUCCAGGACCUCUAAUUUUAGUACUGCUCUAGCACCAUUACUACUCCUGUACAUUCCAUAAUUCCAUACCAUUACUAACUUGCUUCUAAAGUGCCAACAUUUGGUUAAUUGAAAGAGUGCUUACGUACAUGAUUAUGUUGCGGUCACUCGAGACAGGCUGAACUUGUAAUUCUGUUUUGUGUUGAAUUUUUUUCUAUUUAUUUUUAUUUUUCGAGACAGGCUGAACUUGUAAUUCCGUUUUGUGUUGAAUUUUUUUCCAUGAUUUAUUUACUUUUAAGGAAUUGCUUAACUUGACCAGAGUUUAGGAAUACUCCAGACUACAUGAUUUAAUUCUUUGAAAAAAGUAAAUAAAUGUAGUUCUUUGAAAAAGGUAAAUAAAUAUAAGUGAUGGUGACCAGAGUUAUUGAAAUUUUUAUGGAGUAAUGUCAUAGGUGUUUAAUUGACAGCAGUUGCUUAACUGAGUGGUUAAGACAGCAUGACUUUGGUCCACCAGUAAUUGAUCAUCACAUAAACCUUAGCUGGUCAGAGGAUGGUGUCACCCACAACAGAUCCCUGUAGACAUUAUGGAGUACAUAGCAUCCCUGGAGCAUCCACUUUGUCUAAAUGUGCCCAAAAUUAAUUAUGAUAAGUUUACUUACUUUGCAUACAGGUGUUGAUGUAAAUAUUAAAUACCUUGGUGAAAUACAUACUGCUGUUAUUAUAUUAAUGCACCAGUUAUAUAAGAAAAUUUGUAUAAAAAUCAACUUCUGGGUUCAGAGUUAUUAUCCAUUAACCAAAGUAAUAUUUUGAAUUCCUUGACAAACCUUGAAAGCUUGGCAAGUGUAUUUUUCUGAACAAUUCAUAAGGGAUUCUUUGUAUGUUGAAUUAGCGAGGUUUUUGUGUUAUCUGUUUAAUAAUUGUGUAUUAUCUAAUAUAAAUAGAUUAUUAUUUUGGUUUAGGAGGAUAGCUGGGCAAUUGAUUGCUUGUAUAUACUAAGCCAAUUUAAAGAUUACUGAUUUGAAGUGUUGGUAAUAAAGGUGUCUGCAUUCAAUAAUUUUUGUAGAAAUGUUUAAUGUGUGAUAAUCACAUCUGAUUUUUCAUGUUCUCCCAGAUUAAGAGAGUUGAGAUGUGUGUCCAAUAUGAUAGAAUGUUGCAUAUUUGGUUCUGAAUGAAAAUGGAGGAGUGCUUAACCUUCCAUACCUUCAUUAGGAACAGGGUAACUAAACAUGGGAAGAUUUCCAUCAUAACAACCAGCUCACUUGGGAAUAAAAUGUACUGUCCAUUCUUGUGUAGCAUUCUUCUGUUUAAGAUAAAAGAAGCAUUUUGGGUUUUACUAAAGACAAAGUUUCUGAGUGUCCAAUUCUGUUAUUAUUUUGUGCAGUGAAUUUUAUAUGUAAGCAACAUAUCUAAUUUAAUGUAUAUGACUAAGGUGCAGCGAUUUAUAUAUUUAUGUUUUCAUAGGUUUCAAGUAUAAAUCUGCACUUACUUCCAGGAAUUUUUUGAACUACCCAAAAUCUAAAUAAGUAUCCUUUUCAACUGCUUAAAUUUAUAGCCAUGGAGCAAGUAAUUUUUUGAAAGGGAUUUCAAAAUAAAAAUAAUUUCGAUAA